AUGGUUACAAUCGAUGAUAAUUAUCAGUCGUAUCCUUUGGUGAAACAAUCCAAAGUACGAAAAUUACGUACAUAUACAUCAUCGGCAAGUUGCAGUAGUGUUAGUGGAAGUUCAGCAAAUAAUUCACCUAUUGUUGAUAAACAAAAAAUAUAUCAGCAGCAGCAGCAGCAACAUCAUCAUCAUCAUCAUCAUCAUCAUCAUGGCGAUACAGAUGAGGGUUAUGCAAGUUUUACAACAGCAAGUACUACAUUAGGUAGUAAUAAUAGUGCAACAUUUAAUAAAGAUGAUAGUGCUUAUUCGACAUCUGUUUCUGAACGUUUAUUUACUGCGACAACAACAGCUUCAUCAUCGUCGUCAUCGUCGAGAGUUAUCGUUGAAACUGAUUCCGAUAAGUCAGAACUAUCGGACGAAGAUGAUGCAUUAAAAGAAUUAGUCGAUUGGCCUUCACUUAAUAAACAAGUGCAAACACUUGUUUCUCGUCUUGAUAAGUGGCUUCAUAAUCCAUUGCCUGAUCGUUAUAUACCUAUUGAAAAAUCUUUUGUUGAACAUGCAUAUCCAGUUUUGAAUCGACGAACAUCUUCAAUACCGCUUUCGAUCAAUUUAGCUGCUGAUGAAACUGAGAAAGCUUAUCAUCAAUCAAAUUAUAUUGUCAAUUUUGUACAGAAUAAUGAAGUUCCUCAACAAAAAAAAGCAGUGCCGAAAAUUCAUAUUUCUCGACCACAUGUACAUUUUAAUCUUCCAACAGAACAGCUUCAACAUUGCACAACUUGUUCGAGACUUAUUCAAUUGACUUCUUCAAAAUUCAUUCAACGAUCAUUAAUCACAUGCCCCUAUUGCGAACAAAUAUAUUGUAGUAAAGCUUGUCAAAAAUCUGAUUGGCCAAUACAUAAACGUCAAUGUAUUCUAUCGAAUUCGUAUUCAUGUUGUGGUUACAUAUUACGUUUAAUGAAAAGUAAUGUUUAUUUAUUAGAACGUCUAAGCACUUUGGCAUCAAGUGGAUAUUUAUCGUCAGGACGAGGUGCUACAUUACUUUACUUCAAUAAUAUGCAAGAAGCCGAUGACUAUGUACAAUCGAAUACCAUAGAAAAUACACGUUUAAUGGCUGUUUAUUGGUCAUUAGCAGAUACACAACCGAAUCGUGCUAUAGAAAAUCUUCGUUCAACUGAAUAUGAUCAUUUAAAAGAACUUUGUAUGAAUUAUGAUCCAAGUAAAGAAUUUGUUUGUCAUGUGACAAUUGGAGUCGAAGCAGAUAAAGGUAAAGCACGUUAUACAUGUGUUAGUCGAACAACUAUCCAUAAGCUACUUGAAACUGUACCUAAUUCUCAAGCACAAGCGAAUUUACCAAGUACAUAUCCGACUUUAUAUUUAACAUCGUUGAAUUAUGGUGAAAAAAAUAAUACAAAUAAUCAACAUAUGCGUCAAGUAUUUUUUGCUAAAUUACAAGUUGAAUUACGUCAACGCGGAAUUGAAAUCGAAGAGCAUUAUCCGGAAUUGUAUAAUAAACUCUGUGAUUAUAUAUCAACAACGCCUGACAAUGAAAAAAUCGUAGCAUUUACACCUGUAUGUUUAUUUAUGAGACAUCGAUAUUCUCAACAGCUAUUUAUGUGUGUCAUAACACCAGAAUCUGAACCUGAUAGAUCAUGGCUACUUGAUCGUUGUUUAAUUGAAAAACAAUUAACUAUUUGUGAUAAUUGA